AUGUGUGCUGCGCUGUGCUGUGCUGUGCUGUGCUGUGCUGUCUGUUGCCUACCUGACUUGCCUAGCACCGAUACCCGCUACCCCGAAGGCAGAAUCAAUAUCGUCAGGCCUGUGGUCGCAUCGCUCUGGCCCCCAGGUGUCUGUCGUGUCUAUUCUGGCGGCAGGGACACGCUUGUUGGGUCCCGCUCUCCUACAGGUGGUCUCUGCGACGGCGGCCGUGUGUUCUCCACUGGUACGAGUGUCUAUACAGUGCCGCACAUGGCACCUUGGCGGCCAAUCGGCAAAAGUGGUGACACUUUGAUCCCAAUCGGGAGUUGGGGUCGUACCUGCAUGAACCCGUCAGUGACAUACUUUCCUCCUGUCCUGGUCGACCAAGGGCACAAUGGCCUCAAGCAAAACUUGCUCACCAAUCUCCGUCUCAAGCCUUCUAGGUCCUGCGAGACCCGCCUCGAGGACCCUGCAGUCUCCAGGCGCUGUCAUGGCCGGAUUACGUUGACCUCAUUGCCAGAUUGGAAAGCCGGCGUCAGUGCCGUUUCUGCGCGUGUUUCGCGUGCGCCGUUUGCGCGGCAAAUGCAAGGCAAGACAUUCGCACAGCAUACAACCAAGCUUCAUUUGUCCCCGCUGCAGUGUCACUUGCGAGGCAGUGCUGCUCUUCCUGCCAAUUCUUUCGAUUUUCGCCUGCCCCACCGACCACCAACUUUUUCUCGGGGUGGCGAACUCAGCACAGAGUAUCGAAACAAGCUUCUCGCGAUAACCUCGCUCACUGAGCAGACUACGCCUGGUUCGUGUGCCAUCACGAAGACCGCACACACUCCGCUGAAAGCCCCAUAUCAGCUGCACAUCAUGGACACCGAUCCAUUGCUACCCAGAAAGAAUGCGCCAACGAGAAGGGCCGGUGUGCACGCCGACUCGGCCGCCCAAUACGGCACCGUAGCAGGACAGACUACCGACGAUAAACGAGUGACCACCUCUUUCCUUCUGGGGAACUUGCACUGCCCGUCAUGCGUCUCCUCCAUUCAAGAAGCUCUCGGCGACGCAUGCGGCCGUGACAUUGUCUGGAUCUCGCCCAAUGUCGUGACAUCGGUUGUUACCGUUGAGCACCGUGACACGGGCCCCGCCGUCGCCCAUGUCAUUGCCACCAUGGCCAAGUCGCUCGAAGCCGCCGGCUUCGAGGUCUGCAGUGUAACCACCACAUCCGCAGCCGUCGACACCCUUGAUCUUGAGUACUUGGCGGACCGGUCAUAUCAAGCUGCCGAUGAUUCUGCCGAGAGCAAGGGUGCCGGCGCUCUCGGCAGGCUGCUCACUGCCCCUCGGUUCAAACAGUCUCUCACCAAGAGGCAGCAGACUCAUCUGGCAAACUGCGAAGAAUGCCGCCAUUCACGGCCUCACACGCCACGCUCAGGAUCGCAAACCCCGCUGUUGGCCGGCGCAAGGGCAAGGCUUGAACGGUCAGGCACGCCCGAUCUCGCGACGCUAUCCACUCUCGAGAGUAUCACCGCCGUCGGUUCGAGCUCAUCUGUUGAUAGUGCUGGCCACGCCUGGAGGGCCACUUACUCUAUCGGAGGCAUGACCUGCACGUCUUGCGUCCGCUCCAUCGAAGAUGAGCUGAAACGAAGACCCAAUGUUGCCAAGGUCGUUGUCAACCUCGUCAACAACAGCGCGACUGUGGACGUCACGGAGAAGGAUGAAGCUCAGGUUCUCGUCCAAGUGAUUGAGGAUAUUGGCUAUGAUAUAUCCUACGUGCCCAACACCCCCUACCUCACGAUCCGACGCAUCUUGGCGGCUAUCGAGGCUGCAGACCCCUCAUUCCAUCCGUCGAUAUAUCAUCCGCCCACCAUCGAAGAGCGAUCGAAGGCUGUGGUGGCCCGUCAUCAGCGUCAAUUGCUCCGCCGAGUGUACUUGAGCCUGGUUAUCGCAAUCCCCACCUUCAUCAUUGGCAUUGCCUACAUGAACCUUGUUUCGGAUGAUGAUCCUUGGAGGCACUAUCUCAUGAAACCGUGGCUGUCGUCAUGCGCGUCACUGGAGCUGCCGGGCCGGUCGUUGCUGGAUCAAAUCGUCCAAAUCGUCCGUGAGGGGCAGACGAAGCGCGCUCCGAUGGAGCGCGUUGCCGACAUGCUCACUGCCUACUUUGUGCCCAUCAUCACGCUGAUCGCUAUCCUGACCUGGGCGACUUGGACGAUUCUCGGACUCGCCGGCGUGCUUCCAGAGUCUUACCUCGAUGCGACGAGCGGCUGGGUUGCAUUCGCCCUCCAGUUCGCCAUUGCCGUCUUCGUUGUCGCGUGCCCCUGCGGCCUCGGUCUCGCAGCCCCUACGGCCAUCUUUGUUGGAGGGGGUCUAGCGGCGAAGCAUGGCAUCCUAGCAAAAGGUGGCGGCGAGGCGUUCGAGAAGGCCAGCAAGAUUGACCUGGUGGUGUUUGACAAGACUGGCACGUUGACGGUCGGUGGCGAGCCCAAGAUUACAGACGCCUUGACGUAUCCCGGCGCAACGCAAGAGGCUGCGUGCCAGGAGGAUACAGAUCUUCUCUUUGCGGCGCUCAAGGCUGUCGAGGAGAACAGCAGUCACCCGAUUGCCAAGGCCAUCGUAUCUUACUGCAAGUCUCGGACGGAGCAGUCAGCCAGUGUUGACAACCUCCAGGAGAUUCCUGGUAGAGGCAUGAAAGCCAUCUGUCGCGGACAGUCGUUCGAUGCCUCGUUUGAUAUUAUUGUUGGCAACGAGAGCUUGAUGUCGGACAACCACGUGGCCAUGUCCGAGUCUACAGCUGCACAGCUCGAGACCUGGAAGAGGGAAGCGAAAUCUGUCGCCCUUGUUGCUACGAAGCCGAUCUCCAAAAACGUGGCACCCUGGACUCUUGCGGCUGCUCUGUCCAUCGCAGAUCCGAUUCGACCAGAGGCUGUCGGCAUUGUCGAGGCCCUGCGAGAACGGGGCACGAGCGUGUGGAUGCUUUCUGGCGACAACCUGGUGACAGCUAAAGCCGUUGCAUCGCAAGUCGGCAUCGACCCCAACAACGUUCUUGCUGAGGUUCUUCCUUCGCAGAAAGCCGAGAAAAUCACUUACCUCCAAUCGACCAUGAAAGCCCGUACUGGCAGCCGUGAGCACACGAUGAAACGGGCAACGGUCGCGAUGGUUGGUGACGGUAUCAACGAUUCUCCCGCACUGACGCGCGCCGACGUCGGCAUCGCCAUCGGUAGCGGCAGUGAUGUCGCCAUUUCGAGUGCCGAUUUUGUGCUCGUGUCGAGCGACCUCCGGGCAGUGGUGACACUCCUCGAGCUGAGCCGCACGGUAUUCCGCCGCAUUAGGCUCAACUUUGCCUGGGCGAUUGUGUACAAUGUGCUCGCGCUGCCUGUGGCGGCCGGGUGCUUCUACCCGUUUACGACGAGUUCCGGACAGCAUAUUCGGCUGGACCCUGUAUGGGCCGCGUUGGCGAUGGCUUUGAGCAGUAUCAGUGUGGUGCUGAGCUCGUUGGCAUUGAGGAUCAGGAUUCCGUGGAUCGGGUUCCAGGAUGGGAAGAUUGGAAGCUAA